CCAAGAAGCAGCAGGAACAGUAACAGGAAAGAUCGAGAAAGAAGGGAAUGAAGAUUCACCACAACCGUCAGCAUCAGGAAUGGCCUCUCUCGCCAUAGACGGCGUGACAUCUAGGGCGCUGCGAUCGAUCAGUUCUGCAGCGGGUGAAGCAGGCCGGCGAAUGCUGCGGCCGCCAGUCCAAUCGGAUUCGGGUGGUCGCCGUGAGCAAGACGAAGCCAGCCUCCCUUAUCUGCCAAGUUUACGACUCUGGCUACCGUAAUUUCGGCGAAAAUUAUGUCCAAGAGCUCGUCGACAAAGCUCCACAGCUUCCAGAAGGAAGCCAUUGAAGGUUUUCGUUCAAGUAAUAAAUACAAGUAGAGAAGAAACUAAAUCUAGUGUUGAACCAUCUGCGUGUGUGGACCUUGUCAAACACAUUAGUUCAAGCUGCCCGAAUCUUGAAUUCCAUGGCCUGAUGACAAUAUGAAUGCUUGACUAUACUUCUGACCCCUGAGAAUUUUAAGACAUUAGCAAACUGUAGAAGUGAGGUAUGCAAGGCACUUGGAAUAGCUGAAGAGCAGUGUGAGCUGUCAAUGGGCAUGUCCAGUGAGUUUAAACUUGCAAUUGAAAUGGGCAGUACAAAUGUCAGAGUUAGAUCUACAAUAUUUGGAGCUAGGGAGUAUCCAAAGCUGUCGUCACCAAUAAUGAAAAUUCACCUAUACCAACAAAGGCGAGCUUUUUCCCUCUCGGUGACGAAGCACCAACACAGUGAAGCUCCGGCAGCUGGCCAAUCCGGCAGUGGUGAUGCCUUCCCCCUCUUCUCUCCCUCCCUCUUGUCGAAGUUGGCUGCCGGCAGUGAAGUGGUGUGUUGACGAGGAUGUUGCUCGGCGAACCAGUGAAGCUACGAAUCAAGAUGGAUUAUUUAAGAAGGAUUAUAAUAAGGUAAUUGUUUGCCAUACGAAGCCUCCAUUUGCGAGAGAACUGGAAAACUUGAGGUUAGGGUUCAGAUUGGGCGAAAAUCACAGACUUAAACAUGAAAUACAUGAAAAUGACAAGUUUACCCUCAUUUUUAACGUCAAUUUGACACCGUUUCUACAAGAGGACCACAGAUGGUUAUUUUGAAAAAGAUAGAGGACGAGUCCUGGUCGUUUUAAAGACGAGGGACCACCACUGGUAUAUCGCUAAUACUCGGAGGACCAAUGGAGCCAUGUAUUAUCCACAACGAACCAAAAACCAAUAAGAAGCCUUUCAAAAAAAAAAAAAAAACCAAUAAGAAGCCAUUACAGAAGCUCAAGCUGCAGUUAGCAUCAUCCGUGACAGAGCGCGCAGUUCAAUAUACCUUUCUCUUCUUGUUGAGCUUCUUGUUCUCCUCUUCGGCUCCAACACAGCUCUCAUAUGAUCAAGAACUUUAAGGUUCCACCGAACUCGACGAGCCUGGGGAAUGCUCGCCGCAGGACGUUCGAGGUCUUCCGCACAUGCAACCUCCACUCUCCCGUUGCAUCUGAAUUCCGCCGGAAUGCCCACCUCACUAACCCUAAGGAACCGUGGCACAACAAAGUGGAGAAAGUUGCUUUGAAUGGUUCUUAUGCAAAUAUUGCUUCAUUGAUAAAGGACUUGAGUAUAAAAGGACUACCUCUUGAAGCUGAAAGGCUUGUACUUGGUAUGAGAUCUGAAGGCUUUCUACUUGAUAUGUCUACCCUAUCUGCACUGAUGUUAUGCUAUGCCAAUAACGGUUUACUUAGUAAAGCACAGGCAGUUUGGGAUGAAAUACUAAACAGUUCUUUUGUGCUGGAUGUUCGAGUAGUUGCAAAACUAAUUGAUAUCUAUGGGUGCAUGGGAUAUUUUGAUAUGGUUGUCAAAAUUCUUCAUCAAGUACGGAUGAAAGACUCUAGCAUGCUUCCACGUGUUUAUGCACUGGCUAUAUCUUGUUUUGGAAAGAGAGGGCAACUUCAAUUGAUGGAAAUUAUGUUAAAGGAAAUGGUUUCCAUGGGCUUCCCUGUAGAUUCUGCCACUGGUAAUGCUUACGUGAUAUAUUACAGCCGUUUUGGUUCACUUACUGAAAUGGAAUGCGCUUACAUGCGUCUUAAGAGGUCAAGGAUUCUCAUAGAGGAAGACGCAAUUAGGUCGAUCUCUACUGCUUAUAUCAAAGAGGAGAAGUUCUACUAUUUGGGUCAGUUCCUCAGGGAUGUAGGCCUCGGUAGGAAGAACGUUGGAAACCUGCUUUGGAAUCUUUUGCUACUAUCGUAUGCCGCCAAAUUCAAAAUGAAAAGCUUGCAGAGAGAAUUCGUCAGAAUGGUAGAAUAUGGAUUUCGUCCUGAUCUUACGACGUUCAACAUUCGCACAAUGGCCUUUUCGAAAAUGUGCCUAUUCUGGGAUCUGCACGUAAGCCUUGAACACAUGAAGCAUGAACAAGUGGUUCCUGAUCUCGUGACUUAUGGAUCUGUAGUCGACGCUUACUUGGACAGAAGACUAGGAAGGAACCUAGAUUUUGCUUUAAACAAAAUGAAUGUAAACGAUCGUGUUGCCAUGUUAACAGAUCCAGUCAUUUUCGAGGCUAUGGGGAAAGGGGAUUUCCACUUGAGUUCAGACGCCUUCUUGGAGUUCAGUAGUAAAAAAAGUUGGACCUAUAAAGAGCUUAUUAAAACCUAUCUCAAGAAAAAGUUCCGUAGCAAUCAAAUAUUUUGGAAUUACUGACAAUGCAUAGCUCAUUCGCUCAAGAUUCUGUUAGGAAAACAACAUUGCACUUAUCUUUUUACAAGCUUCUCACGGAGUAAUGGCAUUACGUAUUGACUACCCGUGCUGUUAAAAACAAACUGCUUCUGCUAUCAAUGGGUUGUCUUGUGCAAGACAGACAGUGCCAUUCACCAGACAAAGUCUCCAAACAGCAUAGCACCCAGAUUUCUGCAGUGGGAUCUUCUCAUCAUGUAUCUAUUAAGCCCAUGACAGAAAGUGCAAAACAAGAAGCUAUGAGUCUUUUCAACAGUUUGGGGCAGUUGGUUAGUCAGCUGCUAAUGCAACCAGAAACUUUGUGGGCUCCGGGUUAGACCUCCCGAAUAAGAGUCAAAUUCUCGAGCGCGACUUGAGCCGAAUCUGAAUCCGGAUUAGUUUCGCAGUGAUGUGGAUACCCAAAAAACUUUGAUCUUUCAUUUUUGGUUGGGAGGAGUCAAAUGUUGUGUUUGUAUAUCCAUUGUGUCUGUCAGUCACUCAGUUGAUCCAAAGAUUAUAUGUUCAAGACACUAGUCCCUGUUUGGGGUUGACAUAAAUGUGUGACCUAUUAUUCUAUUAAAUUUUAGAAAAUAGGUUUAUAGUUAA